AUGAGCGCCCCUGACCGCAAUUCAAAUGUGACUGCUUUCUCCUCACUUGUGGAAGCUCGUUCCGACGAAAUAGUUGAUAAGAGAGGGAAGACAAAUUCAGUAGUAUGGAAGUGGUUCGGCUAUCGGACAUCGGAUAAACUUCAGGUUUCAGCGUGCUGCAAAAUGUUCCGGAGAGUGGUGCCGACUAGCAGCGGGAACACAUCAAAUCUGUUCCACCAUUUGAAGCAGUUCCACCCGAUAGAACAUUCUGAGAGUCAAAAGAUGAGGCACCAUAAAAGUUUAAGCCAACCUGAAACAAUACCACCAUCCUCAUCCCCAAAACCAGCUGUGUCAAUAGAGAAACCCAUGCAGCAAACACAGAUGGCUGCAUUCAUGCCUUAUGACAAACAGUCUAAACGUCAUAAAGACAUUACAAAGGCUGUUACAUACUUCUUGGCUAAGGACAUGAUGUCGUUUAGUACGGUGGAAAAUGUAGGAUUCAGGAAAAUGAUUUCAGUCAUAGACCCCAGAUACGAGCUCCCUGGGCGAAAAUAUUUUUCACGCACAGCUAUCCCUGCACUUUAUGGUGAAGUAAGGGAAAGGGUGGAGGAACAACUGAAGUCAGUGUCAUAUUUUGCGACCACAGCUGACCUGUGGUCAAGCCGAACCUCAGAACCAUACUUGAGCCUGACAGUCCACUUUAUUGACCAAGACUGGAAGCUCGUCAGCUUAUGCCUGCAGACGGUCUAUUUUCCUGAAGAUCACACGGGCGAAGCAAUUGCAGACGGACUUGCAGAUGCGCUCGCCUCCUGGGGACUCCGCGAGGACCGACAGGUCUGUAUCACCACAGAUAGUGGGACCAAUAUCAUCAAAGCCGCUGAGUUGAACAGAUGGACAAGACUACAAUGCUUCGGGCAUCGACUGAACUCUGCUAUUGAGAAAGUUAACCAAGACAAGCGGGUGGACAGAGCAAUUGGGAUCUGUAAAAAGGUGGUGGCUGCCUUCUCCUACUCCUGGAAGAAGAAACGGGACCUCGCAGCUGCUCAGGAGGAGUAUCACUUGCCAAAGCACAAGCUCAUCAGUGAAACACCAACAAGAUGGGGCUCCCGUCAACAAAUGGUGAAGAGGGUCCUGGAGCAGAAAAGGGCCAUCACUGAAGUCCUCUCAAAGGACAAGAAGACCAGACCACUGGUUCCUACCUGGCAAGAUGUGGAUGUUUUAGAGUCUAUAGAUGCAGCUCUAAGCCCACUCCUGGAAUUCACUGAUGCCUUGUCUGGUGAGUCCUAUGUCAGUGUAUCAUUUCUAAAACCAGUGAUGCAUCUCUUCAAUACCUCCAUCUUGAAGGAAGCAGCGGAUGACACCGCGCUCACCAGGACCAUAAAGACAACAGUGAUGGGAUACCUCAACCAAAAGUAUGAUGACCCAACCAUGGAUGAUCUACUUAACAUGGCAUGCCUCGUUGACCCAAGAUUCAAGCUUCAGUACACUCAGGAGGAGAAGAGAGAAUACAUCAAAGAGAAAGCUGUGUUGGAGAUGCUGAAGGGAGAGAGAUCUGUUGUGGUCAGGGAAGAGGAGUCCAGAGAAGAAGCCAUGGGAGACACUUCUGUACCAGCCAAGAAAACAAAGCGGUCUCUGGCUAGCUUUUUUCAAACGGGCCCACCACUACUACAAGCACAGAAGACUUGA